GACAACUCUGAAUUUCCAAACAUAUAAGCUCUAUACGAAAACUCAUGGUAAUAAUAAAUUUAAUUAAUUUAAUGACAACGAUGAGUACGUGUUACGUGCGUUACAAAACCAUGCGGCGACAUUGAAAAUUAUUUACACAGAAUAGUUAAGCACUUCCAACAUGGUUGUGCUGGCUUAACCUCGACAGAAAAAUGGACAUUGGAUUACCCGCUUAUGGCAAACUGUCCACUGGGUUUGUCGGCCAAAAUCGAUUGAUUUGAUUUUUGUGUAUAAAAGCGUUGAAACGAUGAGCAAGUGUUAUCAUUCAAAGUCUAGCACUUCUUUCGGAUUAAACUACCUCAGUUGAGUCUUCUUUUUUUUAAUCGAAAUGGCAUUCAAGUUUGUUGUUGUUCUUGCUUGUUUGGCUGUCGCCAAUGCCGGAGUCGCAAUCCGUCCAGCUCGUUUGGCAGCAGCUAGGGUUGCCGCUGUUCCUGCUGCUCGUCUGGAAGUUGUUGAGCCGGUUGCCGUUGAAGCCGAAGAAGUUGAUGCCAAUCCUCAGUACAAUUAUGCCUACGAUGUUCAGGAUACCAUUUCGGGUGAUUCAAAGUCGCAAUUCGAGACUCGUGAUGGAGAUGUUGUAAAAGGAGAAUAUUCGUUGAUCGAUGCUGAUGGAUUUAAGAGGACCGUUACUUACACUGCUGAUCCCGUCAAUGGAUUUAAUGCUGUUGUUACCCGUGUUCCAAUUGCCAAUGCUGUUGUUCCAGUUGCAGCACCACUUAAAGCUGCCCCCGUUGCUGUUGCAGCUCCAGUUCCAGUUGCUGCUCCAGUUGUAAGAACUGCAGCACGUUUGGUUAGGCCAGCAGCUAUUGCAGCUCCUCUAGCUGCUCCUAUUAUUAAGCCAGCAGCUAUUGUCAAAUCAGCUCCUCUAGCUUAUGCUCCAGCACCUGCUUUCGCUACUCAAGUUAACUAUGCUUCACCAAGAUUUGCUGCUCCAUUGAUCAAUGCUGUUCCUGCUGCUUAUGCUGCUGCUCCUGGAUUUACCUAUGUUUAAGAAUCAAAGCAACAACAAAUUUUGACUC